AUGGCCGCCACUUCUGUAGCCAAGGUUGCGUCGUCUAUAAAGCAUGUCGCUGUUACCUACCAAGUUCUCCUCGUCUUGGUUCUGUUGGCGCUCUCUGUGGUCUUCAACCGAUUCAAAGAAAGCCUUAGAAACAUCCCGGGACCCCCUUUGGCUGCAUGCACCGGGCUCUGGCGCUUGUAUGAUGUCGCCAAAGGUCAAUCCCAUGCCACAGCCCGCCAGAUCCACGAAAAGUACGGUCCCGUGGUUCGAAUCGGUCCCAACCAUGUCUCCAUCAGCAACCCUGCAAUGAUACCGAUCAUUUAUGGUAUCAAGGAGAGCUUCACAAAAACGGGCUUCUAUCCAAUUCAGUCCAUGUCAUGGAAGAAGAGGCCAGUGCUGAACCUUUUCUCCACCCGCGAUCCGGAGUAUAACCGCGUUGAGAAGCGUAAGGUUGGUGCUGCCUAUAGCUUCCCCAGCCUGCUGCACUCUGAGGCAGCCAUCGACUCCUGUGUCGACUUUCUCAUGGGCCGUCUCGGUGACUUUGCUUCGAGAGGCGAGUCGUUAGAUCUUGGUGAUUAG